AGACGCCUACGACAGGGACGCUUCUCUUCUCUUUCUCUCAUUGAAUUCCACAUUCAACUCAUUCCAUCCUUCGCUCAUUCCUCAUUCACAAGACCCCUUCCCAACUCUGCUUAGACCUGUUGGUAACCUCCAAAUAUAUCCAUCCAUUCCCUCCCUUAUAUCUUCAAGCAUGGAGCUGCCCCAUACCGCCACCAACUCUAUUAACACCAAGCCAUGUGUAGCGCCCCCACAGCACUCUAAAAAAGAGCUAUGCGACCACGACUACUCCCAGGACCCUCCCCGGAUCCUCUCCAACUACCUGGUCCACGCGCCAAAGCCCUUCAAUGCCGAGCCCCAUCUCCCUCUGCUCAUCAACGCAGGACACAUCACACCCACAGACGUGUUCUUCAAACGCAACCAUGGCCCCAUUCCAGACAUCCGGUUGGAGGACCACAGAUUGUACAUUGGUAUCCAGCAAUACACCCAGGCCAGUCAAGGCCAACUCGGCCCUGUCGAGUGGAAGGUGCUGAACAUGAACGACAUCAUGACAAAGUGGCCCAAGGCCACCAUCGCUGCUUCUCUGCAGUGCGCUGGCAAUAGAAGAGAGGGAUUGGCACAGGUCAAGGAAGUGAAGGGAGUUAUCUGGAAGGCGGGUACCAUCUCCAAUGCGGUCUGGUCUGGUCCUCGGCUCUGCGACAUCCUCCAAAGCGUUGCUGGUGUGCCGGGGGAUCUGCACCAUGGAAUGAUCCGCAAUUUUCAUGUCUCGUUCGAGGCUGAUGACCACGUCAAGGAGGAUGCAUGCUAUGGUAGCUCGAUCCCUCUUCGAAAGGCUAUGGAUCCACUUGGCGAUGUCAUUCUGGCCUAUGAGAUGAAUGGCAAGCUCCUGACGCGCGACCACGGAUAUCCGCUCCGAGUGAUCGUUCCUGGCUAUAUCGGCGCUCGAUCUGUCAAGUUUUUGCAAAAGAUUGUCGUUCAGCCACAGGAGUCCAAUUCGUUCUUCCAGAAACUCGACUACAAGAUCCUUCCUCCAUGGAUUGAUGCCUCUAAUGUGGACUCUGCAUGGGACUCUGCGCCGUCGCUGGGAGAGAUGAACGUGCAGUGCGUGAUCUGCACUCCGAUGGACAAGGAAGUCAUCCUAUCGUCCAAACCCAUUACUGUCAAGGGAUACGCCAUCUCGGGUGGUGGCCGGGCCAUCUACAGAGUCGAGUUGUCCGUCGAUGGCGGUGCAACAUGGGAGCCCGUCGACAAGAUCGAACAGACCCCGGAUAAGGUCAGCGGAAUGUACUGGGCAUGGGCGCUGUGGGAGAAGAAGGUGCCAAAGAUCUCGACGACGUCCCAGUUGGUUGUUCGAGCAUAUGAUUCGAGUGGAAACAUGCAGCCAGAGUUCCCGAUCUGGAACUACAGAGGUGUGAUGAACAAUGCCUGGUUCCGUGUCUCGAAUGUCACCCAGAUGCCUCAAUCGUAUAUGUAGACAUGUAGGGCUUCAUGAGCGUAUAGCGAUCGUGAAAUAAAUCAGUUAAUCUACG